ACUCCGUUGUUUCCUUAGCUAAACCGCAAACCACAUUCUACUAUCACUAGCAAUGGAGGACGGACGGAUUAUAAGCAUUGUGAACUUCUACCACACUGGCAGCCUUCUUUGCUUGCGUUCCCGCGCCUUGGUGUGAUUCAGUAGCCGUAACUCUCAUUUCUGCCCAGCAGGUGGCACGCGAAUACUGGUUAUCAGCACUGCCAACGGUCGUUGUGUCUAACACAUGAACGCGCCUAACAGUAGUUUCUUCUUACAGGCAGCGUAAGUAACGGGGCUGUAUGUAGCAGUGCAGAGGAAACGCAGCUGCAGGGAAAGCGCCUUCUGGAGUGGACAGUAGGGAGGGUGAGUUCGGUGGAGUAAGAACAGAAAGGACGGAGGCAAACAGCAGGCUAUUAAUUAAGGCAAGGAAGAGUUUUUAGUGAAAGCAAAGAAACUGAACUUUGGACAAAAAUUCCGGCGACUACAACACUUGUGAAUAGGGGGAACUGGAAGAGGUGCGACGCAACAGGAUGUACCAUGAAGAGAACUCGACUCUUCCUCGCCCAAGAUAUGGAUCUAUUGUGGAUGAUGAAAGGCUUUCUGCAGAAGAGAUGGAUGAGAGGAGACAUCAGAACAUUGCUUACGAGUAUCUGUGCCACCUAGAGGAGGCUAAGCGAUGGAUGGAAGCUUGCUUACAUGAAGAACUUCCUCCAACUACUGAACUGGAAGAAGGACUAAGGAAUGGAGUUUAUCUUGCUAAGCUUGCCAUUUUCUUUGCCCCAAAAGUUGUUUCUGAAAAGAAAAUAUAUGAUUUGGAACAAACACGGUAUAAGCGUUCUGGACUUCACUUUCGACAUACAGACAACACAGUGCAGUGGCUUAGGGCUAUGGCGUCCAUGGGAUUACCAAAGAUAUUUUAUCCAGAGACAACAGAUGUGUAUGACCGUAAAAACAUACCUCGCGUUAUAUACUGCAUUCAUGCUCUCAGUUUAUACCUGUACAAGCUGGGGAUAGCACCACAGAUUCAGAACUUAAUAGGAAAGGUGGACUUCACAGAGGAAGAAAUAAGCAAUAUGCGCAAAGAGUUGGAAAAGUAUGGAAUUCAGAUGCCAUCUUUCAGCAAAAUUGGCGGCAUACUAGCUAAUGAGCUCUCUGUGGAUGAAGCAGCGUUGCAUGCAGCUGUUAUUGCCAUCAAUGAAGCUAUAGACAGAGGACAGACAGAUCAAACUAUGACUGCUCUGAGAAAUCCCAAUGCUAAGCUAAAGAACAUGGAAACCGAUUUAGCACAAAAUUAUCAGAAUCACCUCUCUCAGGAAAAGACAGAAAAGGAAAGGAAUGCCAAAAACAAGGCUUGUCCUGCUUUAGAAGAGGAGAGAGAUGUGUAUGAAGAAUUGCUUACACAAGGAGAAAUUCAAAGCUGCAUCAACCACGCAAACACAACCAAAGCAGUCGGUCAGGUCAAUGAAGCUAUUGACAAGCGUGAUGAAGCUGCACUAAUUACAAACUUGUCAUCUGUUGCUUUAAGUCUUGUUGGAGUGCAUCAGCAGAAUUCCGUGUGGUACCUUGAACAGCUGUGUGCUUCUAAGGAGCAGAAAAAACAGGAAAUGGGAAUACCAGUGCUAAUGGACAGAGAGGAGAUUCAGAAGGACAUUACCACUGCCAAUGAAAAAGCAAAAACCCAUAAGUUAAGGUCUGUUGACACAUGAGGAAUUGUGUGUUGCCGUGGAAAUGCUGUCUGCUGUUGCUUUGUUGAACCUAGCUUUAGAUGUUAAUGAUACAGAGGGAGUAAAAAUCCAUCUCUGUAAUCCACUCAUAGGCAUAAGCAACUUGGAUGAGGAAAACAUACAGAGGUACAUUGAUAUGCUGCUUUCUCUGAAACAAGCUGCUGCUGGGCAUGGACAGGAUUACCUGACUUGGAAUGACAUUCAGAACUGUGUUGAUUUAGUUAAUCUUCAAGUUCAGGAGGAGCAUGCGAGAAUCAUUGCUGUCAGCCUUAUUAAUGAUGCCAUAAAUGAAGGGGAUCCAGAAAAAACUUUGGAAGCUUUACAGAUGCCAACAGCUAAACUAGAAGCUGUGAAUUUAUCUAACUGUCACCAUUACCAGGAAGUUCUAAGCCAUGCUAGAAUUCACAAAUGCAAGGCCACAGAAGAUGACUCUGCAGUUCUCUGGUUAGAUGAGAUACAAGAUGGGAUCUACACUGCUAACAAAAACACAGAAGAUGCUCAGAGAUUGGCCAUUGGAAUGGCAGCAGUAAACUUGGCAAUAGAGAAGGGAGAUGAGCAGCAGACCUUGUCGGCCCUGCAAGCCCCUGAAGCUGGCCUUCGAGGAGUGGUCACUGAAUGUGCAGAUGCAUACUUCAAUGAACUCUCAGAAGCCAAGCAGCAGAAGGUCAAUGAAGCUGAGGGAGACUGUAAGUCUGUAUGGAUUAAACACAGAGUGAAAGGCCAGUAUGAUUACUAUUACAAUUUGGAAACAUCUGCAGGAACUUGGGUGCAGCCAGAAGGAUUUACAGAAAACAAUGACCAGCUAACCAGGGAAGAAAUACAGAAUAUCGUUGGGCAGAUUACAGGCAGUUAUCAUCGUGAACAGCUCUGGCUAUCAAAUGAGUCCCUUAUUGUUCAGCUUCAAGCCAGAGCCAGAGGCUACCUUGUUAGAAAAACUUUCAGUAAAAGGAAAGAAUAUUUGCAUAAACAGGAGCCUGCUGCGAUCAGACUUCAAGCAUCUUGGAAAGGACUGAAGCAAAGAAAAUCUUAUCAGAGUCGGUUGAAAUUGCUUCAGGAGAACAUCGCUGCCAUCAUUAAGAUUCAGUCAUGGGUCAAAAUGUGUCUGGUAAGGAAACAAUACCAGAAACGGCUACAGUAUUACAAGGAUCAUACCGAAGAAAUUAUCAGAAUACAAGCAUUCCUAAAGGCAAACAAAGCAAGGGAUGAUUACAGAACUCUAAUCAGUGCAGAAAAUCCUCCUUUAAAUGUUGUUCGCAAGUUUGUUCACCUUCUGGAUCAGAGUGACUUGGACUUUCAGGAAGAGCUUGAAGUCACCAGACUAAGAGAAGAAGUUGUGACCAAGAUCCGAUCGAACAAUCAGCUGGAAAAAGACUUGAGCCUAAUGGAUAUCAAAAUUGGACUCUUGGUAAAAAACAGAAUUACACUGCAGGAUGUGGUGUCCCACAGUAAAAAGUUGAAUAAGAAAAGCAAAGGACAAGUAGAAGAAAUGGUGACAUUUGACAAGCAGGGAAUCAAAGGACUGAGCUUGGAGAAAAGGAAGAAGCUUGAAGCUUACCAGCAUCUCUUUUACUUACUGCAGACUCAUCCUACCUACUUGGCCAAGCUAAUCUUCCAGAUGCCCCAGAACAAGUCAACCAAAUUUAUGGAUACUGUCAUUUUCACCCUUUACAACUACGCUUCUAACCAAAGGGAGGAAUAUCUACUCCUUAAACUCUUCAAAAGUGCACUGGAGGAAGAAAUCAAGUCAAAAGUGGAUCAAGUUCAAGACAUAGUCACCGGAAACCCUACUGUAAUUAAGAUGGUGGUCAGUUUCAACAGAGGUGCUAGAGGACAGAACUCCUUGCGACAGCUUCUUGCUCCUGUAGUGAAGGAAAUUAUUGAAGAUAAGUCAUUAGUUAUCAACACAAGUCCUGUGGAUGUUUACAAGGCAUGGGUGAACCAGCUAGAAAUGGCAACUGGAGAAGCCAGCAAGUUACCAUAUGAUGUAACAACAGAACAAGCAUUAACACAUGUAGAGGUAACAAACAAGUUGGAGUCUUCAAUUCAGAGUCUUCGUGCAGCCACUGAUAAAGUCUUGAUGUCGAUUUUCUCUUCACUUGAUAAUAUUCCCUAUGCGAUGAGAUACAUAGCCAAAGUUCUGAAGAACUCUUUGCAUGAAAAGUUUCCAGAUGCAACAGAGGAUGAGCUGUUGAAGAUUGUUGGAAACCUCCUUUAUUACCGAUACAUGAAUCCAGCAAUUGUUGCUCCUGAUGGAUUUGACAUCAUUGAUAUCACUGCUGGUGGACAGAUUCAUGCAGACCAGAGAAGGAAUUUGGGUUCUGUGGCAAAAGUUCUUCAACACGCUGCCUCUAACAAAUUGUUUGAAGGAGAAAAUGCACAUCUGUCAUCCAUGAAUGGAUAUUUAUCACAGACUUACCAGAAGUUCAGGAAGUUUUUCCAGGCUGCUUGUGAUGUACCAGAACCAGAAGAGAAGUUCAAUAUUGACGAAUACUCUGAUAUGGUGACACUAAGCAAACCUGUCAUUUAUAUUUCUAUCGAAGAAAUCAUCAACACUCAUUCGCUGCUGCUGGAACAUCAAGAUGCAAUUUCCCCUGACCACAAUGACCAGUUACAUGAAUUGCUACAAGCACUUGGACCCGUACCAGACAUUGAAUCAUUCCUUGGCGAAGGUGCAGUUGAUCCUAGUGACCCCAACAAGGAAAAUACAUUGAAUCAACUUGGAAAGACAGAAAUCUCACUAACGCUGACCAGCAAGUUUGAAUUGCAGGAUGGUGAAGACAGAGAUAUGAAGAGCCUAAUGAUAAAAACCAAGAAGCUAAUAGUAGAUGUGAUAAGAACUCAACCUGGUGACACACUCACAGAAAUCUUGGAAACACCAGCAUCUUCACAACAGGAAUCUGCACACUUAAAGGUAAUACAGCGACUAGCAGUGCAAGAUGCAAAGACUCCUGAUAAAAUGAAGCGCAGUCAAUCACUUCUUGAAGAUGCUCAGCUUCCCAUUGAGCAGAAAAAGAGGAAAAUAUCAAGGAAUCUACGGAACUUAGAGCAAGCUGGGCUGGUAUCAUCAUCAACCAAAUACCAAGAAGUCAUAAAUGAAAUUGCUAAGGACAUAAGAAACCAAAGACGGUAUCGUCAGCGUCGAAAAGCAGAGUUAUUAAAACUCCAGCAGACCUUACAAGCACUUAACUCCAAGACUGCAUUCUUCGAGGAACAAAUUGAUUAUUACAACACAUACAUCAGAACAUGCCUGGACAACUUAACAAGAAAGAAUUCUCGCAGAUCAAUCAAAAUGGAAGGCAAAGGCGAAGAGAAAGGAAGUAAAAAGUCCAAACCUACACCAGUAAAGUAUACUGCUGCUAGACUACAUGAAAAGGGUGUAGUUCUGGAAAUUGAAGGUCUACAAACGAAUCAGUUUAAAAAUGUUCUGUUUGACAUUUCGCCCACUGAAAGUGUAGGUGACUUUGAAGUGAAGGCCAAGUUUCUGGGAGUUGAAAUGGAGAAAGUGCAGCUUCAUUUUCAGGACCUCCUGCAACUGCAAUAUGAGGGUGUGGCUGUUAUGAAAAUGUUCGACAAGGCCAAAGUAAAUGUGAACCUCUUGAUCUUCCUACUUAACAAGAAAUUUUAUGGGAAGUGAAGCAACCAAACGAUGUGAAACCUGUGCAUCAGAAGCCCAUGACGUUUUAUUUGUUUGUUAUUUAAAAUUAAUAUUAUCUAAAUGUAUUUUGUUAAAGAUUUAUAUUAAUAAAUCAGUUUUAAGUAAUUGGGCCAAAGUAAACCUAACAAUUCAGAAAAAUGAACUAUUGUGCCUUAAUGGUAUUAAAUGUUUGAUACUGGAAUUUCAGAGGUUAUAAAACAUUGCCGUUUGUAGAGGUUAAUGUAGUAUUUCUACUUUUUAAUUAAAACAUUUGAGAAUCUUGUGUAUUUUGAUUUACAUAAUUUAUUUCAGCUUAACAUUUAACAAAAAUUGUCAGAAGCAGGUCAUGAAUUAAAAGGGCUAUUUUGAAACCUACUUAAUGAGUCUGUGUGAAGGAGUGAUGAAUAUGAACAGUUCGUGGAAACGAAAUUACUGUAUUUGCAUUUUGUAUUUGGUUUGAAAGUUCAUGUCAUACGUGUUUUACUUAAUGUUAUAAAUUCUCUGCAUAAUUAUCAACUGUAAAAAUAAUCAUUCACAAGCAAAAAUGUUUCAUACCUGUCUUAACUAUCAUUCCAAAUAAUUUAACAAUUUAUGUUAACAUACAAGAAUACUUUGUAUAAUUUUAUUUUGAUCAGAGCGAAUGCACUACUGCCUCAUGGCCAAGACAUCCUUGUACUUAGCCAGAUUUGCAAGGGGUUGAGCCAGCUAACAAUCAACAGUACUGGACUACUUGAAUCAGUGCCUUUAAAAUGUAUACUUAAGUACAGUACUGUUUGUCUUAUUGUAUAGGAUUCUUUUUGUGCUAUUUUACUGCAGUUCAGAAUAUUGUAAUGUUUUUAUCAGUCUACUUAAAAUUAUAUGUUAAAAUAAAUAUUUCUGAGUACAUCUGUAAUU